UCCGGAUAGUCGUAUUCAUGUUGCCACGUAUUAUUUACUGAAUAGUAUCUAAAGAGAUAAAGAGAUAGAUACAUCUUGUUAGUUGGUAUAUAAAUAGUUAGAAAUAAUCUGUAUAAAUGCAUAUUUAUUAUUUUAUGCAUAUCAUAUUGUUUUAAGUACUCAUCUGAAUGGUAAUAUAUCAUUAAGAAGAUCGUGAUAUAAUUUUUUUUUGGUUAUCUUAGAAGAAAUCGCUAUCAUCUUAAGUCAAUACACUUAAGAUAAUCAAUUUGAUAAAGGUUUAAUAAAUAGCUCUUCUGUUCUGCAACCUGUUAGUUUACAACAAACUCUACAUUGGGUUAGGAAGUGAAGGUUCGUAUAAAUUAUAAAAGUUGUAGUGUUUGUUUCACCUAACUUUUAAAAAACCUUAUAUACCAUGACUAAAGACCACGAAAAAUUAAAAGAUGUAAGUGAACAUUUUACUGAAGAAAAACUAGAAGAAGUCUUAAAAUCUGUCUACAAAGGACAAAAAGCAAAUGUUUUAGAUUGGUAUUUUGACGAAGCAAGUAGUAAAGGUGACAAUUAUUUAUCAACUGUUAAUAAGAUUAAAAUAGUUGCUAAUGUUGAUGGUAAAGAAGUGGAACUCAAGUUGGUAGUCAAAUCUUUACCAAACAAUAUAGGUAGAAGAAACACAUACAGAAGCGUAGAUUUUUUUUAUAAUGAAAUUAUUUUUUACACAAAGAUUGCUACAAAAUUUGAAGAAUUUCUCAAUAAUAAAGGACAAAAUGGACUAUUAUGUAUACCACGUCACUUAGCUUCUGCUCUUGAUGGUAAAGCCGAUUAUAUAGCCCUAGAAGAUGUUUCUCCUCUAGGGUAUAAAUCAAUAUCUAGACAGAGUUGUUUAAAUGAAGUUGAAUAUGCAAUGCUUUUGAAAACUAUAGCAAGAUUUCAUGCAAUUUCUUUUGCAUACAAAGACCAAAAAAAAGAAGAAUUUAAUGAUCUUGUGAAAAACUUGAAUGAAACAUAUAUGAGUGAUGAGCAUUGGGAUUGGUACAAAAGGUUUCAUAAAAGGCUAAUAAAUAUUGCAAAAAAUGCUCUGGAAAUGGAAUAUCCUAACAGUGAAGCAGAGAAACGUUUUAAGUCAUAUGAAUUUGGUGCUCUAUAUAAAAAAGCUGCUGAAUUUUGCACUCGUAAAUAUGAACCAACAUCUGUAGUGAGCCAUGGUGAUUGCUGGGCUCCAAACUUUUUGUCUCAAGACAAUAACAUUUUGAUGCUUGAUUUUCAAUUAACAAGAUGUGCCAGUCCAGUCUUAGAUAUAUCAAUGUGUUUUUAUGGUUGUACAGACAAAAACCUUUGGGAUGAACACUUUGAUAAGUUAUUAACAGUUUAUUAUGAUGAACUUUCCAGUACUAUUAAAUUGUUGGGAUCAGUUCCUGAAAAUCUGUAUUCGUGGGAUACAUUUAUGAAUGAAGUAAAGGAACAGUUUAUGUUUGGUGCAGUAUUUGCACUGGAAAUGGUACCAUUCAGUCUAUUAGAUGAAUCUGAGUCAUUUGAUCUGGAUAUUAUAAAAGAUGAAUCUGGAGUGAAUAUUGAUGAUGUAUGGACACUAUCAAAUAUGAAAGACAAAUCUGGCAGACUCAGACUUGCUAAUGUCUUUGUUCAUGCAGUUGAAAAAGGAUUCCUAUAACUUUAAAAUAUUAAGUGCUCAUAAUUUAAACAUAUAAUGUAUAAUGUCAAAUUAUUUGAAAUACUUUUAUAAUGGAUUAAUUCUAAUUACUCUGCCAAUAAUUUUAUAU